AUGUCUGAUGACCACACCCUCUGCUGCCAAUUUUCUGAGCCAAAUACGGUUGAGAUAUUUGACAAGGGCUCAUUCACCCGGAGGAUCGUGAUCUUUGGGUCAUUGAUCUCCGUCAUUUUCAGCCUUGGUAUCCUCUUCACUGGCGUUGGAAUCUGGAUCAUCUCGUUAUCUCAACAUCGCGCUCAUGGCCUCAUGUACUUCACAUGCCAUGCGCCCCAUGAAGUACUCAGCAUAGGACUGAAUGUAGUCGUUACAUUCUGCACUGAAUGUGCUGGGGUAAUGCACUCGACCAGCUUGCGAUUCGCACUAUUUCAAGAAUACCGGGCCCAGUACAACUCAAAUCUGCGUCUUCUGACCGGAUCUGAUGAAAAGUCGAUGAACUCUGCCGCCAUCAAUGCCAUAAUGACAAUCUUGCUCAUCCUUUCCUAUGCAUCCAGCUCUUUCUUCUAUCAACAGAUUUUCGAUUACGACUCCGGCAUUUUGGAAUGCGGAGUACAGGCGAUCCCAGCCAUUGUCCUCGGCAUCUGCAUGUUGCUCCAGACAUGCAUCUCGCUCUUUGCACUGCGGAAUGCGCAGAUCCUCACCUGGAGUACUUCCCCUUGCGACACUAUACCAGCACUUCUUUCUAUGCAUGACCAUCGAUCUUUAGAGAAAUAUUACUCCUUUCCAGACAGCUACGCGUGUUCAAGAACCUCCCUGGAUCGCCAACCGUCUGCGUGGGAUACUCGUAGGGGCGUAAGGGUAUCGGGCACCUGGGUCUGGCGGUUUGUCCCAAACCCAUAUCCCUCAUGGCAGUUCAUCCCUAGUGAGCUUGCUCAAGCAAGUGUGGGUGACUCCGUUGGCGGUGAUGCCACCUCUUUUACCACGUGGUUUUCAUUGUACGCAGUCAUGGUGGUUACUCAAGGUGGCCUCACCUUUGGGCUCCACUGCGCGGAACUUGUUGCAGGUGUAAUACGAGACGAGAGAUUGUGGAGACGACGAGUACCAAAGGGCGGAACCAAUUCUUCUUCUCGGUCUUGGCUUUAUGCGUUCUGCCUUGACAACUGGCUGUACGCCGUACUGCUCUUCGCAAAGCCAAUCCUUCCGCUCGGUCUUCUUGUCGUUGCCGUCGUCUUCACAUUGGCUGCUCGCCACCAUCCGAAGGGAGCACAGCCAGUUACUUACGGACACAUUAAGACAAUCUUGCACUUGAUGGAUAGUGAAGUUUUGGGUGAUAAGGAUGGCGGUCCUUGUCAUGUAGGGACGAGCAAAGAGCCACUUCUGGACGGAAACGAAGAUGAUGAUGGAUGCAUCGAUGAUGAUUCGGUAGACGCAAUCGCAUGUAUACACGAGCGUUGCGCAGAGAUUCAAUGGUUCAUACGAUUACGCUUUGAUUAA